AUGGAUUAUCUAUCACCUAAAAUACAGAAAUUAGCUGAAAAACUUAACAACAACAAUAGGUAUGUAAAACCUAUUGAAGUAACUAAAAAAAGAGAUAAAGAGGAGUCAAUUUCGGAUAAUACAGACAAAGUGAACAAUAUGCAUAUUACCUAUUUGGUAAAUAUAAUAAAGUUAUACUGCAAUAUUAGUUCAUCAUUAACUAGUAGAUUUGUUUGUCUCUUAUUAGAUCGUAUUGAAGAAAUUAAGGAUACUAAAUUAUAUAAAAAUUUUUUUCUAAAAAAAGUUUGCAGAAGAUGUUAUUCAGUAUUUCUUCCUGGAAUUAAUAGUAAUUUUAAGAUAAAUCCUAUCAAUAAUAAGUUGAAUAGAAAAUUAAAAAAAAAAAUUAUAAGAGACAUGAAUUAUGAAGAUGAUAAUGUGAAAUUUAAUCGCAAGUGUAUUAAGAAGAUUUCCAUUUUAUGCAAGAAUUGUAAUAAAAGGAAUAUGUUAUUUGUAAAUCUAAAGAAUACAAGUAGAUCGAAUAUAUGUAAGUCUGAAAGUAAUGAAUUAAUGUCUUCUAAGAAGUAUUUGAAUAAUAGAUAUAAAUCUAAUAAAAGUGUUGAAGGUACAACUUUAAAAAGAGUUUUAUCUAUAAAGAAACAAGAUAAAUAUAAAACCCAGAAUUCAGAUAAAUUUGAUGUAAAAUUAGUACAAUUAGAUGAAACUCAAACUCCUGAAGUAAAGAAACCAAGGUUAAACAGACGUUUCUUUCAAAACUUUAGUAGCAAUGGCGCUAGUGAUUUUAAUCCUAUUAACGAUAAAGAGAGUUUAACACAAACAGAAUAUAUAAAGGCCUCAGAAGGCUCUAGUUUUUAUGAUAUAUUAGCUAAAUUAGAAUAA